CUAUAAUCUCUACCAGCCAGCAUAACGUCACUUCACAAAUUCAACAUCUGCAACAAUUUUCGCUUUCGGAAAAAAUUCCUACAAGCAUUGUGUCGUGCUGCAUAAGGUUAAGAGAGGAGACUGUUUGUUACACUGAAUCGGUUCUACUAAUUCGCUUGCACAAAAGAUCUUCGCAAUAUUCGUAGACUCCAAGUGAGAUUAAUGUUGCAUCCAAGAAUUUGAACUGCAGAGAGCACACACUAACAGUUUUUUUUCGCGUGAUUUUCUAUUCUAAAAAUUAAAGUAAGUGGUUUUGUUCUCUUCUCAAACCGAGCGUUUUCUGUUCUAUUGCCGACGCAAAGAAAUUCAUUAAUCACAGUAGUACUAGUAGCAUCCAUCAUCUUGCAGUGAGUCAAGUCCUUUUUAUCAAACAUGUUGACGCGGCAGC